AGAUAAAAGGCCUCUUUUCUUCACUCCAAGGUCCAGGGCUCCGGCAGAUCUGCCCUCUCAGACAGGAGCUGCAGUCUGGACGAGAGGAGACAGCUUGCAGCCCAGGAUCUCCAGCUGCCCUCAGUGGGAAAAGAGUGAGACACAGCGAGAGACACAGAGCGAGAGAUUCCUCCCUGCUCUGGCACAAUGCGCACUCUCAUCAUCCUUACACUCCUGGCUGUUUUGGUAGUGGCUGCUACUUGCUAUGAGUCCCAUGAGAGCAUGGAAUCCCAUGAGUAUCUCAAUCCCUUCAUCAACAGGCGAAGGGCCAAUGACUUCAUACAGGCUGACACAAGACUAGAAGCUGUCACUCGGGAAAGGAUCAGGGAGCGUGCUAAGGGACCCCAGGAACGUCAGAGGGAGAUCUGUGAGGACUACUACCCCUGCGAGCUGUACGCUUUUCGCCAUGGCUAUGCUGCUGCUUACAAGCACUAUUUUGGGAGGAGGAGAACUAAGUAAAGGAUGUCCUGGCCCCACCCUGGGGCCUGAAGCCCAGGGUAUCCCCUUCCCACUCCCCCCAAAAUGCAAUAGCUCUGAAAUAUAUUCAGUUGCUUGUGUCCCUGUAUGUUAUCCUGCCUGCUGCUUCCCCCAUGUAGCUGUGGAUUCCUGCACUGUGUUAAUUAGCGCUGAGCUGAUGUAGCAGAGAUCAGAGAAGGUUCAGGAUGUGGGUGUUUACUACACAAUAAAUUGCUGGUUUGAUACUA